AUGGAUUAUCACCUCGACAAUUUGGAAAUUCCUUUCAUUGAGUCGUGCGAUCCUUACGCCUUGCCAUCGCGAGAACUGGCAGAUCGAUAUUUCAACGCAUACCUGACAUAUGUUCAUCCGACCUUUGGUGUUAUUCGAAAGUCCAAUUUCCUUUCUCAGUACCAGAAGUUCUUUGAGAAUACAUCCACAACGCCGCGGCCGCGGAAGUGGCUCGCCAUUUUGAACAUGAUAUUCGCUAUUGGCUGUCGACACUGUCGACUUAUGGAAAAUAUCUACAGCAUGAGCGAAGAGGACCUAGUUUUCCUGAGUCGAGCGCGGCUCCUGGGCUUCGAUUUCGGCGUGCUGUUCGAGCACAGCGAUCUUCAACAGAUCCAGCUAGAAUCCUUGAUGGCAAUAUACCUCCUCUGCCUAGGACAGGUCAACAGGGCAUCCAAAUUCUCCGGCAUGGCUCUCCGCUCAGCGUUAUCCCUCGGUAUCAAUCUCCGUCUCACAGACACCCAGACCCCAGAAGCCGCAAAAGAAGCCCGCGGCCGCCUCUGGUGGUCCAUCUACUCGCUCGAACACCUCCUCACAUCAGUGACCGGCCGCGCCUCCAGUGUAUCGGAAAGCAUCUGCUCCGUACCAUCCCCAUUCCCCUGCGAAGAAGAAACCUUUGAACACCCCGAAGCAAAGCGUCUCUUCCAGGACCCAACCCUCCGCGAAACACAUCUCCGCCCAACUCUCUUUGAAGCCUCCAACCAGCUCGACCUCCCAUCGUGGACCAAAGCCUGUCCACCCUGUCCAUCCCUCUUCUUCCACAACCUCGUCGACCUAAGCCUCCUCACCCAAGCCCUCAUGAACAAAGUCUACAGCAUCGAAGGUCUCCGCCAAGGCCCCUCCAGACUCGAAUACCACGUCCAGAAGUUCGGUCUAAAAAUGGAUCGCUGGCUCGCGAAACUACCCCCUGCAUACCAAUUCAGCCUCCCAGACACCGGCCCCUGGCACCUCAACCACCCCCAGCUAGACGACCUAGCCGCGCCCUUCGUCCGCGAACGUGUCUGUCUAGCAAUGAACUACUACUCCGCCAGAAUAACCCUCUGCAGACCCUGUCUCACCCACAUCCACACAAACACCCAAGCCCGCUCUUCUGCAUUCCCAAGCUCAAAUUCAGACCUAAGCUCCCGCACGAAACUCCGCAUCGAAAUGGCUACCCACUGUCUCCAAGCCUCCUGCGCUCUCAUCUCCGUUUUACCCGAAUCCCCUAACCUCCCUGGUUAG